AUUGACUCCAUCAAACCUUUUCUCCUCCCGUACCACGAAACUAUAAUUUUCCAGGGAAAAUUUUGGGAUCUUCAUAAGGAUACUGAAAUAAUCUCAUCUAUUAUCUGUUGCAAUUCUUUGAUCGGAUGAAUAUGAGUGCCGAGGAGCUUCUGACUAUCGAUCCUCUCGAGCUAAAGUUUCCCUUCGAAAUCAAGAAACAGAUCUCAUCCUCAUUCCAAUUGCUGAACAAGACCGAUAAUUAUGUCGCUUUCAAGGUUAAGACAACUCAGCCUAAGAAGUAUUCUGUCCGACCUAAUAAUGGCAUGGUGCAGCCUCGUUCAACCUGCGCUGUUGUAGUUACUAUGCAGGCUCAAAAGGAGGCACCUCCAGAUAUGCAAUGUAAGGACAGGUUUCUUGUCCAAAGUGUUGUUGCAAACCCAGGUGCCACUGUAAAGGAUAUCAAUGCAGAGAUGUUUGAUAAGGAGUCAGGGAAGCAUGUUGAGGAAUUCAAAAUGAAAGUUAUUUAUGUUACCCCGCGUAAGCCACCAUCGCCAGUUCCCGAAGAUUCUGAUGAAGGCUCUCCACCUAGGUCAAUUGAGUCUGAAAGUGCCCACUCCAAUCAUUCUGAAGCAGUGGCUUUAAAGACUUCUUACUUGAAGUUGUCGGAAGAGAGGAACCUCGCACUUGAGGAAAGAAACAGACUUAAUCAGGAACUGGAAUUACUGAAGCGUGGACGACCAAAAACGAGUGGUAGAAUCCCAAUAUUGUAUGUGAUGCUUUUUGGGUUGAUUGGAAUUCUUUUGGGGUACUUUAUCGGGAGUUAGUUAUCAUCAAAUGGUGAAGAUGUACAUCUGUUUGAAUAUGUCUUUUGGGUUCAAGAAGAUGAUAGAAUCUGUUGUUUGGGGGUGGGGGGUUUCCCUUUGGAAAGCUGUUUUCUCUUAUUCUUUUAGUAAUCUUCUUAAGCUCUGUUGUUGUUUUUAUGUUUUAAGCUUAUAAUGAAUUGAGACUUGUACCAUCCAGAGAUAUGUGGGGAUGGAAGGAAGAAAAUUG